AUGAAGUGUGAGACCCAGUUUGCUAAAGCUGGGUUUCUUAGUAGAAUGUCGUUUUGGUGGCUAAAUCCAUUGAUGAAGAAGGGUAAGAAAAAAAAACUUGAAGAUGAUGAUAUACCAAUCUUAAGAAAGAUAGAUAGAGCUGAAUCAUGUUACUUAUUGUUCACCGAACAACUGAAAAAACAAAAGCAAAUCAAGCCAUCAAUUGCACGAGUGAUUGUUUUAUGUUACUGGAAAGAGAUUCUAAUAUCUGGGCUCUUUGCAUUUCUCAAGGUAAUCACUCUUUCAUCAGCCCCAUUGUUUCUUGGUGCCUUCAUUUCUGUUUGGGAAGGAAAAGAAGCUUCUAAGCACGAGGGCUACAUGCUAGCUAUAUUAUUGUUUUUGACCAAAUUCAUUGAGUCGCUGUCGCAGAGGCAGUGGUACUUCCGCUGUAGAUUGUUGGGAGUGCAAGUCAGGUCUUUGCUCUCAGCAUCUAUCUAUAGAAAGCAACUUAGGCUUUCUAAUGGUGUUAAGUCAAAGCAUUCAGCUGGCGAAAUAAUCAAUCUUGUCACUGUAGAUUGCUAUAGAGUGGGGGAAUUCCCUUAUUGGUUGCACCAUAUAUGGACAUCAUGCCUUCAAUUAUGUCUUGGAUUAGCGAUUCUUUACCGCACAGUUGGGUUUGUAUCAGUUGCAUCAUUAGUUGUAAUAUUAUUAUCCUUGUUAUGCAAUACUCCCUUAGCCAAAUUACAGCAAAAAUUUCAGAGUAAGCUUAUAGUGGCACAAGAUAAAAGGCUGAAGGCUAUAUCAGAGGCUAUUUUGAACAUGAAGGUUUUGAAGCUUUAUGCCUGGGAGAUGUCUUUCAAAUCUGUUAUUGAAAGAUUGAGGAAAGAGGAGCUCAAGGUUUUGAAAGUUACUCAGCUUCUGAUGGGAUAUACUGUAUUUCCUCUCAAUGCUACAAAUGUCUUCACUUUUGUGGCAACUUUACGCAUUGUUCAGGAACCCAUUAGACUGACUCCAGAGAUCAUUGCAAUGAUCAUUCAUGUAAAAGUUGCAUUUAGACGUAUUGUAGAAUUUCUUGCAGCACCUGAGUUAGAGUGUAAAGAAGUUAGGAAGCUGGAACGAACAAAGCAAGAUAAAUACGCCAUUUAUAUCAGUUCAGCUAAUCUCUCAUGGGAAGAUAACUCAUCAAUUCUUAACUUAAAGAGCAUAGACUUAGAGGUUAAAGUUGGUGAGAAAGUGGCCAUUUGUGGGGAGGUUGGUGCAGGUAAAUCAACCCUGUUAGCAGCACUACUUGGAGAAAUUCCUAAGUUGGAGGGAACGGUUCAAGUUAAUGGGAAGAUUGCUUAUGUUUCUCAGAUGGCAUGGAUUCAGUCUGGAAGCAUACAAGCCAAUAUUCUGUUUGGCUCCCCCAUGGAUAAGCAAAGAUAUCAAGAAACAAUAGAAAAGUGUUCACUGGUGAAGGACCUUGACAUGCUACCAUUCGGCGAUCAAACUGAAAUAGGAGAAAGAGGAAUCAAUUUGAGUGGUGGCCAGAAGCAGCGAAUUCAACUUGCUCGCGCACUCUAUCAGGAUGCUGACAUAUAUCUUCUAGAUGAUCCAUUUAGUGCUGUCGAUGCCCAUACUGCUAUAAACAUAUUUAAUGAAUAUAUAAUGGGUGCUCUAUCGGAGAAGACGGUCGUACUUGUUACACAUCAAGUUGAUUUCCUUCCUUCAUUUGAUUCUAUUUUGUUGAUGUCAGGUGGGCAAAUCCAACAUGCGGCUUCAUAUCAAAUAUUGUUGUCUUCUAGUCGAGCAUUUCGUGAACUUGUCCAUGCACACAAAGCUACAACUACUUCUGAAAGACCCCACAUUCAAUUAGUAACUUCUUCCGGUGAGUGUGAAACCUAUUCCGGAAAGACUCGGGAAAGUUAUUGCGGAAAUCAGUUAAAUGAGUCAGUUGAGCAUCAGCUGAUUGAGCAAGAAGAGAGAGAAACCAGGGACACUGCAGGAUUAAAGCCAUAUAUACAGUAUUUGAAUCAAAACAAAAGCUUCAUUUACUUCUCUGUAGCUGUCCUAAGCCAAAUCAUAUUUUUUGUUGGCCAAGUAUUACAAAACUAUUGGAUGGCUGCUAAUGUUCAUAACCCUCACGUCACCCAAUUGCGACUGAUCCUGGUGUACAUUCUGAUUGGAUGUAGCUCAAUGUUCUUUGUACUCUUUAGAUCUCUUUCUACAGUUGCUUUGGGCAUAAUUUCUUCCAAGUCACUAUUUGAUCAGCUAUUGAAAUCUCUUUUCCAUGCUCCAGUAUCCUUUUAUGAAUCUACACCUUUGGGAAGGAUACUAAGUCGGGUUUCUUCUGAUCUGAGUAUUGUAGACCUUGACCUUCCAUCUACCUUCGUUGUUGCUGCUAUGAGUAGUGCUAAUACUUGUUUCAAUCUGGGAGUAGUAGCUGUUAUUACAUGGCAGGUUUUAGUCGUUUCUAUACCGUUGGUAUAUAUGGUGAUUCUGUUGCAGAGAUACUAUUCUGCUUCUGCAAAAGAGUUCAUGCGGAUGAGUGGAACUACCAAGUCAAUGCUAGCAAGCCAUCUGGGUGAAUCUAUAGCAGGAGCUAUGACAAUUAGAGCUUUUGAGCAGGAAAACCGAUUCUUCACAGAGAAUCUUGAUCUCAUUGACAAAAACUGUGGUCCAUCUUUUCAUAUAUUUUCGGCAAAUGAGUGGUUGAUCCAGCGUUUGGAAACACUUUGCUCCAUUAUUCUUUGCUGCUCAGCCCUGGUGAUAGUUCUGCUUCCUACUAAAAUUUUCGGUUCGGGAUUUAUCGGGAUGGCACUGUCUUAUGGUCUUUCAUUGAACCAUUUCCUAGUUGUUGCUGUUCAAAACAAGUGCACACUAGCAAACUAUAUGGUUUCUCUAGAAAGGCUAAACCAGUACAUGCACAUUCUCAGUGAAGCUCCAGAACUCAUUGAAGGAAACCGACCCAUGCCCAGUUGGCCUGCGAUAGGUAGAGUGGAGAUCCACGAUCUGAAGAUGAGGUAUAGGUUGAAUACUCCAAUUGUUCUUCAAGGGAUUAGUUGCAUAUUCGAAGGAGGCCACAAGAUUGGGAUUGUUGGUAGAACAGGAAGUGGGAAGUCAACUCUAAUAGGUGCAUUGUUUCGACUCGUAGAACCAGUAGGGGGGAAAAUCAUCAUUGACGGCAUUGACAUCUCAACCAUUGGGCUUCAUGAUCUACGAUCACGGUUAGGGAUCAUCCCUCAAGAUCCUACACUCUUUAAUGGUACUGUCAGAUACAAUUUAGAUCCCCUAUCUCAACAUGUGGACGAGGAAAUUUGGGAGGUUCUUGAUAAAUGUCAGCUUCGACAGAUUGUAAAAGUCGCAGAUGAGGGUUUAGAUAGUUCAGUUCAACAAGACGGUGUAAACUGGAGCAUGGGACAGCGGCAAUUGUUUUGUCUGGGGCGAUCUCUGUUAAGGAGAAGCCAGAUAUUGGUGCUUGACGAAGCUACUGCUUCAAUCGACAGCGCAACAGACUACAUUCUCCAAAAAACCAUAAGGACAGAAUUCGAAAAUUGUACUGUUAUUACAGUGGCCCACAGAAUACCUACGGUUAUGGACAGUACGAUGGUUCUCGGCUUAAGUGAUGGGAAAAUUGUGGAGUAUGAUGAACCAGUGAAGUUGAUCGCGGAUGAAGGAUCGUUGUUUGGGCAACUUGUGAAGGAAUACUGGUCUCACAGCCACACUGCAUAUUAA